CUUUCAACAUCUUCAUUGUCUUUCUACUCUCUCCCUAAAAAACAUGGAAACUUCAAAAAACACCAAUCUCCAAAACCCUACAAAACUCCCAAUACCCUUUCAACAUCACCUAGAAGAAGAAAAAGAAGAAGCACUAUCUCUCCGAGAUCUUCCCCUCAACGCCGAGAACCCUAAUCCCACCGCCACCCCAACCACCACCGAAGACCACCGUGAACCGUCAACGGAACUUUUUGAGUUUCUUACGUCAACCUCCUACGACGUUUCUCCGGCAGAAAACAUAAUCUUUGGCGGCAAACUCAUCCCUUUAAACUACCAAAAUGCCCUCUUUUCACCUCCCGAACACAUUAGCCCUCGAAUUCGUGCACGGUCCGAGUCCUUAUCCGCCAUACAAGGCCAUAAGCUUAACCGUCCAGGUAGUUGUUCUGUGGCACGUCGUGACAAUGCGGGACCUAUGAGGACAAGCCGUUCUUUAGAUUACCGUAAGCUCUCACGUGGUCCAACCACCGUACAUUUUCCACUGGAAAACAUUUCACCGGCUAAAAACACGACGAAGGCUGAAACGGCGUCGUCGGGAAGUGGAAAAUGUGUAAGGCCAAGAUGGUAUGUGAUCAUGUUUGGAAUGGUUAAGUUCCCUCCGGAGAUCGAACUCAAGGAUAUCAAGAGCCGCCAGGUUCGCCGCAGUAUUCCACCGGUUAUGUUUCCAUCUCCUUCUAACCGGAGAUCUCGUAGAUCUCGAUCACCGUCACCGUCACCUUCACCUUCUUGGAGGUUUCUCAACGCUUUAAGUUGCAAGAAGCCCACAAGCGUGGCUGCUACGGCGCCGUUUUGGAUUCCCCAUCCAUAAAUUACUAUAUUAUCCCUAUGAACAUUGUGCGCGGUACUUGCUUUGCUGUUGUUUAAAAAGGAUAGGAACGUCAUUUAGUAUAAGAAAUAUCGAUAUUGUUU